CCAACAUGGUGAAAUGUAUUUCUGCUUUGUUGCAACUUGCAACCAAUAUUAAUUAUUAAAUCUCGUCUGAUCGUGAAUUGCACAAAUAAUUUUGAAAAUGGGAAAAAAAUAAAAAAAGUACUGCUGCACUACAUAUAUAGUAUAAAUCAUUUAAAAGGAUUUAUUUGUUGUCUUGUUCUAUUGCACAUUUAGAGCAUUUGACUCGUUGACUAAAUUUAGCCUUUCACCAGUGCCAGUACUCAGUAGAAUAUCAUCGACAAAAAUGGCUGCCAGAGUAUCCAACUUCUCCGAUCUGAUUCAACGCGUCACUGCCAACUGCCUCCUCCACCCCAUAGCAUCCGGCCGGCACAACCACGAUGCUUCCCUUCUCCCCUCCGACGAAGACGACGACAAUUACCAAACACAAGACGAAGACAAACUUCACGACGACGACGACGAGGAAGAUGAUAACGAAGAUGGAUAUUCGCUGAAGAAAUGGGAAGGAGAAAACGGCAGCAAGAAAGGCAGCCAAUGCGAGCCAAGAACUGAGAAAUUAGUCCAGAUGGAAAUGCUGAUCGGCGAAGUGUUUGAGGCGGUGUCGGCGAUGAAGAAGGCGUACGUCACCCUACAGGAGGCUCAUUCUCCUUGGGAUCCGGACAAGAUGCGAGCCGCCGACGUCACGGUGGUGGCUGAGCUGCGGAGGCUGGGAGUGUUGAGGGAGAGGUACAAGAGGAGCAUCGCCGGAGCUGAUAAUGUCGGGAGAGGGGAUUGGAAAGUGGGGGCGGCGACGCUGCGGGAAGUGGUGGCGCCUUACGAAGCGGCGGUGGAGGAGCUGAAGAAGGAAGUAAAGGCGAAAGAAGUGGAGGUUGAGAACUUGAAGGAGAAGUUCAGAACGGCGUCGUCUAUUAGCGGCAGUGGCAGUGGUGGGAAAAAGGGCAGCAAGUCAAAGAGAAGAGUCAGCAGCAGCGGCCCAGUUCCUGGUCCUGCGCCGUCGCCGGCGCCGGAAUUGUUCGAAUCAACGAUGGGAACGGUGAAAGAAGCUGCAAAGUCGUUCACGGCGACGCUCCUCUCCUUGAUGCGUUCAGCCCAUUGGGAUAUAGCAGCCGCCGUGAGGUCCAUUGAAGCUGCCUCAUUCUCCAACGUCAAAUCUUCUACUACAACACCGACGACGACUUUUACAGACUCCAUCGUCGGAGCUAAUCAUGCAAAGUACGCAUUGGAAUCCUAUGUGAACAGGAAAAUGUUUCAGGGAUUCGAUCAUGAGACCUUCUAUAUGGACGGGAGCCUUUCAUCAUUGGCCCAGCCUGACCAGCACCGGCGAGAUUGCUUCACGCAGUACCGGGAUAUGAAAUCCAUGGAUCCGAUUGAACUGUUGGGAAUACUCCCAACCUGCAGCUUUGGGAACUUUUGUUUCAAGAAGUACCUGGCAAUAGUUCACCCAAAAAUGGAGGAAUCAUUGUUCGGGGACUUGGAGCAGCGCCGGCUUGUCCUUGCCGGAACUCAUCCCAGGAGUCAUUUCUACGGGGAAUUUUUGGCGUUGGCCAAGGCUGUCUGGAUGCUGCAUUUGCUUGCGUUUUCGAUGGAUCCACCUCCUAGUCAUUUUGAAGCGAUUAAAGGCGCGGAGUUUCAUCCGCAGUAUAUGGACAAUGUGGUGAGGAUUCCUGGUGGAGUUGGCGCCGGAAGAAUGGGUGUAAGUGUGCCUCAGAUGGUGGGAUUUCCGGUGAGCCCUGGGUUCAAGCUUGGAAAUGGUUCCGUAAUUAAAGCCAGGGUGUAUCUUGUUCCCAAGAAUGGCUAUUGAAUUGUAAUGGAGAAUUAGCCUAAUUACCAGGUUCAGGUUGUAGAUGUAGCCACUAGAGAGUUGUGUACGUAGUACGAGUUGUAUUUUCCUUUCAGUAAUUUUGUUCUACUUGUUAGGUGUCAACAUUUGAGUCUUCUUGGUGAGACGAUAUUGAUUGUUUUCCGAGGGAAACAAAGUUAUUUACACUCAAGUGAUACAAAAGAUAUCAUUCGUUUGAUUUAUUCGAACCCCAAACUCCGAAGCAGGAUACAGGUUACAGAAUCAACAAGGUACUGAUUCUGGAAGAGCAUUGUUUCUAAAGUAGACCAAGAUAUGCCGCCAGGCAGUAGUAAAUUGUCAUUGGAAAGAACAACCUUAAUGAUGAAUGAUGACAUCCUGAAUCAUAACAAGAAAGUACAAGUAGAUUAUUUCCGUAUAAAUUAUAGUAGUAUAUCAAUGGCCUAUUCCUACCCAAGACUUGAUAUCGUCUAGGAUAUCUCUUCUAGCAGUUUAUCCUCAAUAGUAUCUGCCGCAGAAAGCAGUCUUUCUCUAAGUUUAAAGUUUGCUAUUAACAAUGAAUAAAGAUUACAAAGUGAUACAGGAUAACGAGCUACCUUCAACAAUUGGGGCGUUUAAGUUUCGUGCAGUCUUGCUUCGCGGUGAUAUUUGGAUAAGAAGACAACGCACCAGCAAUCUGAAUUCCCCGGAAAAAAAUAUGAGCCUCAUCAAUUCAAUUAUGAACACUUAUAUGCAGGACAGAACUUCCCAAGCACGAGAUCUCCAAAAUUUGGUGCAAGCACCCAGCAGAGGGGCCUUUCUGCUUGCACAAAGAGAUGUGGUUUACAUUUCUCACAUAAAUAGUUUCUUCACCUGUCAGAAAGAGUGGCAGUAUGUCCAUCAAUUGUCUUUAGCUGGCCCACAAAUUGCAAACUUGAUACAAAUUCCAUUAGAACUGGAGUCAAACAUAUUAGAAGCAAGGAUCACAUCUCUGAUGCGCAAUGUUCAAAUUUCAAAAAAUAAAGCUGAAAUGCCCACCAUGCAAAUUAACAUCGUAGGUAUAAAAUCUUUUAGUUUAUAAGUGCAAGAGAAUACUGUGGAAUUAACACAGAACAGAGAACACCCUAGCAAAUUGCUGGUUUUUAGGGCAACACUUCAACAACUAAAGAGGGACAUAACACUGUUUUACAACAACAACAACAACCCAGUAUAUAUUCCCAACUCGGUUGGGGUCUGGGGGGUCAAGAUGUACGCAGCCUUACCCCUGUGUGUCAAUACAGAGAGGCUGUUUAAGUAGUACGACCCAAGAUGCAUUGGUG